UAGUGUUUCCGCCAGACCACCGUAGGAUUUUCAUAAACGAAGAUGGCGGACGUAAGGAAAAUAAUAGAAGAUAAAAUAGCAAAAAACAAGGUGAUGAUGUUUUCGAAGUCUUAUUGUCCAUAUUGUACUAUGGCUAAAACAGCUUUAAGUAACUAUAACCUAGGGACAGACGAAUAUAAAAUAUGGGAAAUUGAAAGGGAACCAAAUUGUGCAGAAAUUCAGUCAGUUCUGAGAGAUAUCACUGGAGCUCAGUCGGUACCACGAGUGUUCAUAAAUGGUAAAUGUAUAGGUGGCGGAUCCGAAACAAAAGCCCUUCACGAGAGCGGACAAUUGCAAUCAAUGUUGAUGUAAAAUAUAAGUCAAAGUAAUUCAGAAAAUGUUUGUAGGAAAAUUCACAAAUGGACAUUUGGAGAUUCAAAGAAAAUAUAUGAGAUGUUACGCGAAAUGUACUGAGCCUUGUAUAAUUUUUUUGUGCAAUACUGUUCUUUCAUGUUUUAAUGUUUUACCUCAAAUUUGCUGAAGUCAAUGUAUCUAGUCUCAUGAUUUUAUAAAAUAUAGUAUAUACUUUAUUCUAGCAAUACAUUUUGACCAAUAUAUUUUUACUUAUUUGCUACCAAAUUAAAGUUGUUUUAUCUGGUU